AUGACAUUCGGUUUAUUACUGCUACUGCUACCUAAUUCAAACCACUUUACUCAGCCGCUGGAUGUGGCCUUCUUUGGGCUUUUGAAAAAGGUGUGGCGUAAAAUUUUAACCUCAAACAAAUAUGAAUAUUCAAAGCAAGUAGAGUUUAAUAAAUCCCACUUUCCGCUUCUACUUGCAAAAGUGAUCCAAGAAGUACAUAUGUAUAAAAAAGAAAACGUAAUAAAAGGAUUCGAAGCAACAGGUACAGUUCCGUUCAAUCCUCAAAAAGUAUUUAAAAGAAUUCCUGAAAGCCUUCCGGAUGAGCCAAAUGUAACUGUAAACUAUACAUUACUGGUAUAUGUAAAGGAAAACAGGAAACCAAAUGAAAUGAAAAAGGCAGAAACAAAAAACUGA